AUGUGCGGCCCGGAUACUUGCACCAAACCUCGAGGUGGCGCGCUCGCCGUCCUCAACCAACCUUUCUGCCAGCCACGGUCACCAACCUCACUUUGCAGACUCCGAGGUGAUAUUUCGUUUCACACACCAGGGAAGCCGAGCAGUCCCUUUGCUACACAUGCAAGGAUCACCAGCGGAGGAGAUCAUGACUUGCCCACGUUGUCAGACGUUGUUGUCGUCAUUCACAAGUCCGGGGAUCUAUCCAAAAGACCCGAAGAUUGUGGCCUCUUUCACCAACUGGCGUUUUCCAAUGCAUCCGUACUCGAAGACGGCUCGACUUUAGAGCUUGCUCUCCGUGAGCCCAUUUCAUUGCAAGUUGGAGACGAUGGGAUCAUCGGACGACGGGUCUCGGUGUUCCCCAAAGCCGAAAUGGACAUCGCAGUGGCAGAGGGGAUUGUCGGUUUCAAUUUUGUGAAUUCUUUGUGA